AGGAUCCAUUGUUCUUGCUUUGUUAGCAUCGACGUCCCAUUUUUAUUACAUGGAAUAAUUUGUAUGAUGACUUCUGUGUAUCUGACACGAGCACACUCCGUUCUAGGAAUUUAUCUUUGGAGAAUAAGUGCAUAAAUGCCUUAGAUAACACAUAGAACAGAUACAUGAAGCUCAACCUCUGAGAAUUUUGACAUCCUAUCCUAGUUGGUUUCAUUUGCUGACAGUGCCCUCUUCUCACAUCUGCAAGAACCGUUUAGCAUAUCCUUUUAAUUGAAGUGAGCUAAUUUGUUUAAACAUUUGGAGACCUCCUGAGAUAAUUGGAUUGAGAAUUACUGAUCUGCUUCUAAUUGGAGAAUGGGUAUUAUUCAUUUCUUACUUCUAAAUUUCAACUUAAAUUGAACUUUUUUUUAAAAAACUCUUUUUUAAUGAGAUAGCAGAAUCUGACAUUUAACCAGCCUUGUUUGUGUAUGGCUGUUAGUUGCUCUAACCAUAAUGACUCAUUUAUAUGUAAUGUUUCCUGAAGACGUCCUUUAUGAAAAGGACAAGUUUGGACUUGGCGAUAGUAAUUUACUUAAUUUAUCUUAAAUUUGGUUUCAGUGAGCAACCCUAAUUAACCUGAUUUUUUGCUGAUAAUCACUCUCAAUGGAAUCAAAUCAAAAAUCCGGGGAUGGAUUGAGCGGCACCCAGAAGGAAGCAGCCCUCCGCGCACUCGUCCAGCGCACAGGAUAUAGCUUGGUCCAGGAAAACGGACAAAGAAAAUAUGGUGGCCCUCCACCUGAUUGGGAUGCUGCACCCCCAGAAAGGGGCUGUGAAAUUUUUAUUGGAAAACUUCCCCGAGAUCUUUUUGAGGAUGAACUUAUACCAUUAUGUGAAAAGAUUGGUAAAAUUUAUGAAAUGAGAAUGAUGAUGGAUUUUAAUGGCAACAAUAGAGGAUAUGCUUUUGUAACAUUCUCAAAUAAACAGGAAGCCAAGAAUGCAAUCAAGCAACUUAAUAAUUAUGAAAUUAGAAAUGGGCGUCUCUUAGGGGUUUGUGCCAGCGUGGACAACUGCCGAUUGUUUGUUGGGGGAAUCCCGAAAACCAAAAAAAGAGAAGAAAUACUAUCAGAGAUGAAAAAGGUCACUGAAGGAGUUGUCGACGUCAUUGUCUACCCAAGUGCCGCAGAUAAAACCAAAAACAGGGGCUUCGCUUUUGUGGAGUAUGAGAGUCAUCGGGCAGCCGCCAUGGCGCGGAGGAAACUGCUACCAGGAAGAAUUCAGUUAUGGGGACACCCUAUUGCAGUAGAUUGGGCAGAACCGGAAGUAGAGGUUGAUGAAGACACAAUGUCUUCGGUGAAAAUCCUAUACGUAAGAAACCUUAUGCUGUCUACUUCUGAAGAGAUGAUUGAGAAGGAAUUCAACGAUAUUAAACCAGGUGCUGUGGAGAGGGUGAAGAAAAUCCGAGACUAUGCUUUUGUGCACUUUAGUAACCGAGAAGAUGCAGUUAAGGCUAUGAAAGCUUUAAAUGGGAAGGUGCUGGAUGGUUCCCCCAUUGAAGUGACCCUAGCCAAACCAGUAGACAAGGACAGUUAUGUUAGGUACACACGAGGCACAGGUGGAAGGGGCACCACACUGCAAGGAGAGUACACCUACUCUUUGGGCCAUGUUUAUGAUCCCACCACAACGUACCUUGGAGCUCCUGUUUUCUAUGCCCCCCAGGCCUAUGCAGCAGUCCCCAGCCUUCAUUUCCCAGCCUCCAAAGGACACCUCAGCAACAGGGCCAUUAUCCGGGCCCCUUCUAUUAGAGAAAUUUACAUGAAUGUACCUGUAGGGGCUGCGGGAGUGAGAGGACUGGGCGGUCGUGGCUAUUUGGCAUACACAGGCCUGGGUCGUGGAUACCAGGUCAAAGGAGACAAGAGAGAAGAUAAACUCUAUGACCUUUUGCCUGGGAUGGAGCUCACCCCAAUGAAUCCUGUCACUCUAAAACCCCAAGGAAUUAAACUUGCUCCCCAGAUAUUAGAAGAAAUUUGUCAGAAAAAUAAUUGGGGACAACCAGUGUACCAGCUGCACACUGCCAUUGGACAAGACCAAAGACAACUAUUCUUAUACAAAAUCACCAUUCCUGCUCUGACCAGCCAGAAUCCUGCAAUCCACCCUUUCACACCUCCAAAGCUAAGUGCCUAUGUGGAUGAAGCGAAGACGUAUGCAGCCGAGUACACCCUGCAGAACCUGGGUGUCCCCACUGAUGGAGCCGAAACUCCAGCUGCUGCUGCUGUUGCUGCUUCCGCCACUGCUUUUCCAGGAUAUGCUGUGCCUAGCGCAACUGCACCGGUGUCUGCAGCCCAACUCAAGCAAGCAGUGACCCUUGGACAAGACUUAACAGCAUACACAGCCUAUGAGGUCUACCCUACUUUUGCAGUGACUGCCCGAGGGGAUGGAUACGGAGCCUUCUGAAGAUAUCUUUCUUUUAAUUUAAGAAUAAGACAUACAAAACUCUAUAUGAAAGAAAUAUCCCUCUAAGUUCGUCCCAUAUGAUC